AUGCCUCUUAACAUCCUCGUCGCUGGUGGGGGCUUGGGAGGUUUGGGUGCUGCCAUCGCUUUAGCUCGCGCCGGCCAUAAUGUCGAGAUCUUCGAGCAAUCGAGUUUCCUCAAUGAAGUUGGCGCUGCAAUCCACAUUGCCCCCAACGCCACUAGGAUCUUAAAGUCCUGGGGCGUUGAUUUCGAUGAUCUUCAGGCGGUCCUUUGCAACGGCAUAAAGCUCUAUGACAACACAGGGAAGCUAAUGUCUGUCCCUGUGGACAAUGAAAAACUCCAGAAGAAGAUCGGCUCUAAUGACGAGUGGAUAUUGACUCACCGUGUUGACCUACACAGCGCUCUACUAAAGACUGCUACGAGUAUCGCGUGUGGCCACAAGAUCAAGAUUCACACUGCAAGCAAAGUUGCUUCAGCCGACGCGGAAACUGGCGAGAUCACGCUUUGUGAUGGAACUAAGCACAGAGGCGACCUGCUAAUUGGAGCAGAUGGUGUUCACUCCAAAGUCGUUGCUGCCGUUGCAGGCCAUAAACCCAAGAGUGUGGGCACAAAGCAGAAUACAUUCAGAUUCUUGGUUCCAAUUGACAAGGUUCUGGCAAAUCCAAUAACGGGACCAUUCUUCAAAGAUCUUGGUUUUGAUUGGCAGCAUGUAUUCAUAGCAAAAGAUCGACGACUUGUUAUAUACCCCUGUCGCAGGGGUACACUGCUCAAUAUUGUUGCGGUACAUCCAGCGAACGAUGACGGUCUUGGCUCUGAAUCCUCAUGGUUGGCAGGAGGCGAGGUAGAGGACCUCGUUCAUGUCUACAAGGAUUUCUCGCCUGUGCUCGGCGAGUUGUGCAGAAUCGCCGAGGACUUGAAGCUGUGGAGCUUAGCCACGAGAGAUCCUCCCACCCAGUUCUGGAAGGGGAAGACUGUCUUGGUAGGAGAUGCUGCUCACCCUAUGCUGCCGCAUCAAGGACAAGGCGGAGGGCAAUCAUUUGAAGAUGACGCAGCUCUUGGAGUUUUGUUCCCGGCAGACACUACCGUAGAUGACAUCCCCAGGCGACUCGAGCUCUACAACCGAGUCCGGUACGCGCGAGCAGUCACCGUCAUGUUCAUGUCAAAGGUUAAUGAUGAGAGACGAGGGAUGAUGAUGGAUGACCUUCACAAGUUUGUACCCGAUGCGGUGCUGCCUCCGGACAUGUUUCCCUAUCUGUGGAACAAUUACGUUCUCCAGGAUGCGCAAAAGGCGCUCGAAGAGCAAGAUCAUGUUUUGUCGAUGUAG